AUGGGCAGUGAAGAAGAAAGAAACAGACCCGGAAAUUCUUUUUCCGGAUUAUCUAACUUGCAGAUGCGUGCUCUCAAUGAUUCUAUGUCUAACUUGUUGAAUACAGGUUUGGAGGCAAUCCAUCUUAGGCUGGAUGAACUUCAGGGCCGACCAGCUCAGUCCCAAACCAGAACCAGGCGUGACCGCCCAAGGAGACACAUCUGGUCCGAUCUUGAGAUCAGAGAUGAGUCCUAUGAUGAUGAUCAGUCCAUCAACCGACCAAGGAGAGCUCCUAGACAACAGAACCAAGGUGAUGUCAAUCCAUUUGGUAGAAAUGAAAGAACUGAUAAUGGAUUGGGUGGUUUGAAAUUGAAAAUUCCAAGUUUUGAUGGCAAGAAUGAUCCGGAUGCCUUUCUUGAAUGGAAAAGAAAGAUUGAACUUGUUUUUGAUUGUCAAAACUUUUCUGAUAUUAAAAAGGUUAGACUUGCUGCUGCUGAGUUUACUGGCUAUGCUAUUAACUGGUAUAAUCGAGUUGUGACUAGCAGGAGAAGAGCAGGUGUGGCGCCAGUUGUUACAUGGGAUGAGCUUUCCAUGCUGAUGCGGAGACGCUUUGUUCCCGACCAUUACCACAGAGAUCUACACCAUAAACUCAGGCGUUUGCUUCAAGGUUCUAAGUCAGUUGAGGACUACCACCAGGAAAUGGAGACCUUGAUGAUCAAGCCUGAUGUAGAUGAGCCCUUAGACGCCACCAUGGCUAGAUUUCUCACCGGGCUCAACCGAGACAUACAAGACCGCAUGGAGCUGGAAGACUAUGACAGCAUGGAACAGAUGCUACACAAGGCCGUGCUGAUUGAACAACAACUCAAGAGAAAAGGUCUCUCCAAACCGACCUUUGCUUCAAAACCAACCUUUGCUUCCAAGCCAAACUAUCAAGACAAGGGUAAGUCUUCUUCCACAACAAAUAAUGCUUUUAAAACUGAUGUCCCUGCUCGUUUUGACAAAGGAAAAGCAGUUGAGAAUCCUAGCCGUGCAAGAGACAUCAGGUGCUUCAAGUGUCAAGGUCUUGGCCACUAUGCCAACCGAUGUCCAAACCAAAAGGUGAUGGUGCUCUUGGAGAAUGGAGAAGUUGAAUCUGAAGAAGACAAGGAGGAUCUCGGACCAGUUUAUGAUACUGAUGAUGAGGAAGAAGCACUUGACUUCCCAGUUCAUGGCCCCCUUCUUGUUACUAGAAAGACUUUGGACGACACCUUUGAUCCCAUCCUUGAUGAGGAGGCCGAUGGCGUGAUCGAUGAGUUUUGCUCGACCUUUGUGGAGAGCUCUGGUCCGAUCUAUGAUGAGGAUGUUCUUGAUGAGCCAAGCCAAGGUUCACUACUGGUUACUAGGCGUACCUUGAGUGUCCAACCCAAAUCCAAUGAAAAAGAACAAAGGGAGAAUCUCUUUCACUCUAGAUGUCUCAUUUCUGAUAAAGUUUGUUCUUUGAUUAUUGAUGGAGGCAGUUGCACUAAUGUGGCCAGUGACACUCUUGUAAAGAAACUUGGGCUUGUUACUCGGCCUCUUUCUCGUCCUUUCAGGUUAGAGUGGCUCAAUGAGGCUGGAGAACAGUAUGUGAAGGAGCAAGUCACAGUUCCACUCUCCAUUGGUCGAUAUGAGGAUGAGGUUGUAUGCAAUGUGCUUCCCAUGGAUGCUUGCCAUGUUCUCUUGGGCCGACCUUGGCAAUUUGACAAGAAGGCAGUGCAUGAUGGCUUCACAAACAGGCACUCGUUUGAUCACAAAGGAAAGAAGAUCACUUUGGUGCCUUUGUCACCUUCGGAAGUCCAUCAAGACCAGGUCCAACUUAGGAAGAACCGAGACCAAGACUCUAAGGCUGAUAAACCUGAGACAAAUCAUGUGGUCUUUCUAGGUUUUGUUGUAGGUGCAGAUGGCUUGAGAGUGGACGAGCAGAAGGUCCAAGCAAUCCGAGACUGGCCCAUUCCGAAAACCAUUAGUGAAGUGAGAAGCUUCCAUGGCCUUGCCGGUUUCUAUAGGCGUUUUGUUCAAAACUUCAGUACCUUGGCCGCUCCUCUCACUGAAGUGAUCAAGAAGAACGUGGGGUUCAAAUGGGGACCAGCUCAAGAAGAAGCAUUCGAAAUCCUUAAAGGGAAGUUGACUAAUGCCCCUUUACUUGAAGGAAAACCAGUAGCUUAUUUCAGUGAAAAGCUUGGUGGUGCCAUGCUCAACUACCCCACAUACGACCAGGAACUCUAUGCCUUAGUGAGAGCCCUUCAAACGUGGCAGCACUAUCUUUGGCCUAAGGAGUUCAUCAUCCACACUGACCAUCAGUCUCUAAGACAUCUUAAGGGUCAGCAGAAGCUCAACAAGAGGCAUGCUCGUUGGAUGGAGUUCAUUGAAACAUUCCCUUAUGUGAUCAAGUACAAACAAGGUAAGGAGAAUGUUGUGGCUGAUGCAUUGUCUCGAAGGGAAGCUCAUGGAGGAGGACUUAUGGGACACUUUGGUGUCAAGAAGACUUACAAGGCUGUUCAUGACCACUUCUAUUGGCCGAGUUUGAUGAAAGAUGUUGAGAGGAUCUGUAGCCGAUGUGUGGUGUGCAAGAAGUCUAAGCCUAAAGCAUCAAACCACGAUGGCAAGAGGAAGGUGGACACGAUCAAGAAGCUGCAUGAACAGGUCCGGGCCAACAUUGAAGCCAAGACCAAAGGCUACAAACGACUUGCAGACAAGAAGAGAAAAGAAAUGAUCUUUCAGGAAGGUGAUCUUGUUUGGGUCCAUUUGAGGAAGGAACGAUUCCCGGAACAAAGGAAGUCCAAACUCAUGCCCCGGGUCGAUGGUCCAUUCCAGAUUCUCAAGAAACUCCAUGACAAUGCUUACCAGCUUGAUCUUCAGGAAGUUACGGUGCAGAGGCGGCACUGGACCACCACACCACCACCGCGAACUCUGGAAGCCGAAGCUUCAAUGGGGUGA